AUGCUGCCUACCCAGCGGUGCACCUUUUGCCAGAAGCAAGGCUUGAUGCUCGAGGUAAUUGAUCUACGAUGGGGCAUCCAUGAUGACACAGGCGCUGUCCAUGCAGCCACACCACUCUUUCUGGAAGAGAUCAAACGCUGCCAGAAACUCUCAGUGGGGCCCAGCUUUGUUGCGCUGCUUGGAAGCCACUACGGCAACUGCCCAGCCCCUCUGGCCAUCGGGGAGCAGGAAUUUGAAGCCCUGCUGGCCCAGCUCCAGGAGGAGCCCCAGAUCCUACAGCUCCUGGCCCGGUGGUACCUGAAGGAUGAGAACGCCACCCCUGCGGUGUAUGUCCUCCAGCAUUCCCCAUGCCAGGCGAGCCCUGGUGGCCUGGGGGAGGGGCUGGUCCUGGCCCUGCGCCGUGCAGCGUGGGAAGCAGAGAAGCAAAGCCUCCUUGGCCGGGAGCAGCGGCUGCAGUACCACAAAUCAGACGCACACUGGGAAAUUGAGACUGGCCUCCUUAGCUCAGGGGAGCGUGACGGCCAAGGAGCUGCUGUCGUUUUCUUCAGAGAAGUUGAGGCUCCGGAAGCGCCCUCCUUGGAUGGAGCCGGAGAGGAAGAGGGCAGCAGCGUGCCUGGAGGGGAAGACCAACAGAUGUUGGAAGACCUGAAGACCAGCAUUGCCAGCACCUAUCCUGCACAGGUCAAGGUGCAGAGGGUCCCGCGCAACGUGGAUCCCAGCAGACUCCGCCACAAGCCCCAGCCCAAGUACUUGAAAGAGCUCUGUGACCAGUUUGUGGCAGUCACCAACUACCAAACUCUCCGGAGCUUGAGAGCCCAUGAAGGGAGCCUUGGAGAGUGGCCGGGGCUGUUCCAGGAGUUGGGACACCACCUGGCGCUGGCCCAGGAGCGGAGCCAGGCCUUCUGCUGGAGGAAGGGCCUCAUAGACCAUAUCUGCCAGCACAUGAGUGAGAAGCACCAUCAGGUUCAUGCUCCCCUCCUUGUCCAUGGGCCGCCAGGUUGUGGCAAAACAGCCCUCCUAUGCUACCUGGGUGAGGCUGUGCGUGAUGCCCUCGGGCCAGAGGCGGUGGUGGUUGUGCGGCUUCUGGGGACCUCCCAGGCCAGCUCCUCGUGCAGCAGCCUGCUCCGCAGCGUCUGCCUGCAAGUGUGCCUGGCAAUGGGUUUGCCUCUUCUGGGGGCUGGUGACCCCAUCCUGCUCUUCCACAGCCUGCUUUGCUCAGCCUCCCACCAGGGCACACAGCCACUGGUCCUCCUCCUCGAUUCUGCAGAGCAGCUGUGCACCCCUGCAGAUCCCUCUGCAGCCUCCUGGAUGCCGGUGGCCUGCCCUCCCAGGGUGCACCUUGUCAUCUCCAUGCAGGAGGGGAAAGGCGGCACUCUGCUGCACAAGGUUGCCCGGGCCCCUGGGGACGAUUUUGAGAUGGCCCCUCUCUCCCAAGAGCAAGCCAGGGAGGCUCUGGCCAGAGACUUGGCAUCCGCAGGACGCACUCUGCAGCCCCCUCAGCAGGCAGUGCUCUGUCAAAGCUUCUCGGAGGGCGAGUGGCACGCUCUCUCAGUGGCACAGACCAUCAGGAAGGCCCGGCAGUGGGCAUCUUACACCCUGAUUUCGGCACUGGAGGUUUCGCUUACAGCCCUGGAGGCUGCACAUCACCUGUGUGGGCGUCUGGAGGAGGUACAUGGCUCUGUGCUGGUGGCUCACGUGCUUGGCUACCUUGCCUGCGCCCGAUAUGGCCUCUCAGAAGCAGAGAUGAAAGAUGUUCUGUCCCUUGACAACGAGGUUCUCUCUGAGAUUUACCAACGCCAUCCUCCUCCGAGCAAAGGGGUGCUCCGCCUUCCGCCCCUGCUGUGGGCCCAGCUGUAUCGGGACUUGGCUUGGUGGCUGGAAGAUCGGUGGGCCGACAACCUCCUGCUGAUGGGCUUCCUCCACAGGGAGUUUUCUGCUGUUGUGGAAGAUCGCUACUUGUCCGUACCAGAGGAAAGGGUCAAGCGCCACCUGCUCCUGGCUGAUUUCUUCCGGGGCACGUGGAGUCGUGGGAUAAAGAAGCCAUUAUUGCUGCCAUCCUCCAGCAAGCCUGUGAGCUUUGACAGGAAGGUGACUCCUCAACCUCUCUGGUUCUCCAGCAAACUUGCCAACCAGAGGAAGCUGAGCGAACUGCCCUUCCAUUUGCUGCAGGCAGGACGGACAGAGGAGCUGCAACAGGAUAUUUUGGGGAACAUGACCUGGAUUGCCUGCAGAGCUGUUGCUCCCGGAGUGUGGAGCCUCGCUGCUGACUUCGCCAUGUGCCUUGCGCGCAUCCGCUGUCCUGAGCUGCGCCUCCUGCACGAUGCUCUCCUCCUUCUGGAGCCCCUCAUGGAUGGUGCGGAGGGCCGCAUAGAGGCGAGUGUCAUCUACCCAGAGAUGUUGGCCCGGCUGCAUCCCCUCGUGCCAUCCUACUCUGGCGGCCUUAUUGGGAGUCUGUGCCAGCAGUGCGAGAGCUGGCUCAAUGCCCAGCCUCACCCGGUCCUCAUCCCUCUCUGUGGAUUUCUCUACCCACCCGAUGGACCUCUGCGCAAGACAGUGGCUGGAUUCCCCAGAGGAACCUCAGUGCUGGAAGUCAGCGUGGACCAGAGAUUGCUCCUGGCUGGCUCCCAAGAUGGCCCCAUGAUCGUGUGGGACAUGGAAAAUUUCACAGUGCGACACGUCCUCAUGGGCCACUCUGCUGAAGUGAGGUGCGUGAGAGUGUUCAGAAAGGGAACGCGUGCUGCUUCAGUCGCCCUGGAUCACACUCUGCGCCUCUGGAGCCUGGACUCUGGCAGGGAGGAGCUCUCCAUCCCUGCUGUUCCUGCUGGAGACCAGGAGUGGAGCCAGCUCAACGUCAGUGAAAAGCAGCAGAUGGUGUACUGGGCUUCAGGUUCAGAGGUGUGCGCCUGGCAUCUGGAGACAGCUGCACCCAUUUUCCAGAUCUCUGUGGAGCCCCUGGGUGGCUGGCUGUGUGCAGCUGUGUUUGUGCCGCGGCUGGCGGUUGUGACCGUGUCUGCGAGCGGUGGCCUCUGCCUGUGGGACAGCGUCAAUGGACAGCUACUCUCCAAGCAGGAACUCCUGGGGCUGGGAGAAGAGUCGCCGGCGUGCAGCGUGUUGCUCCAGAAGUUGGGCAGAAUGGUGGCUGGCUUCAGCGGGGGCUCCCUCUUGAUGGUCUCCUCUGAUGGAAAAAGCCUACUGGAAAAGCUCCCGGAGGGGAUCUGCUUCCUGGUGCUUUCAAAAGACGAAUCUCUUCUCACAACAGGUGUGACGCUUCGAGAUCCUGCUGCCAGACAGCGGGUUGUCUCUACAGGUGGGGGGAGGAAUCCUGUGCAGGUAGCAGGCUUUGGGCGGCGAGUGAGAGUCUUCCAGCCCAACCUGACCGGCUUUCACCGCCUCCUGAGCUCAGAUUUGCUGCAUGACAGGGAGGUCUGCACAGCUGCCAUCUCUGCUGACAACUCCACCAUCUUCACGAGCGCUCAGGACGAGUGCAUCUGGGUGUGGCGACUGUCCAAACAGGGCUGGCUGAUGGAUGCUUUGGGUGAUAUAGGGAUGCCUGCUACCCACUUGGCCCUCUCAGGCACCCUGUUGGUGUCAGCUUCUCGCCACUCACCUUAUCUCAGGGUCUGGGACCUCGGCUACAAUCGUGAACGCAAACCAUUGCCACCUUGCAUGGCUAGCACAAGAUGCCUGGGACUCUCCCACGAUGCAAAGUAUGUCUUCUUUCCCCAAGUCAACAGCAGUUGCCACGUUGUCAUUUGGGACUCUGAAGAAGGUGAGGAGCGCAGUGUGUUGGAUGUGUCUGCCCCAGUGCAGUGUCUGGAGGUGGCUGAGCAGAGGAAUCUCCUCUUUGUCGGUCUGGUGUCUGGGACGGUGCUGGUGUUUCCCUUGGACUCCCAGCAAGAUGUUGGGUGCAUCCCCCCCGCAGAGAACCAGAAGCCUGUCACUAGCCUGGCGCUCACUCAGAACGAGGACCAGGUGGCCGUUGCGUGUGUUGACCUGGUUCAGGUGCUGGAUGUGGGCCAGGGGGAGCCUGGCCUCCUGAUUGACCGACCAGCCUACACCUUUUACACCCAGAUCCCGGGCGCAGCUAUCUCUAGCGUGGCCCUCCUGGCUGAAUACCGCGUGCUGUAUGGGAUGACCAAUGGGGAGCUCUUCCUGUACCACUGCCCACAGGGCCAGGUGUUCCCUUUAGAAGUCAGUGGCGGCGGCAGCAACGGCAGCAUCACCUGCCUGAGAACCAGCCACAGAGAGAAAUGGGCCCUGAGUGGCUCAGCGGACUCACUUCGGUGCCUCUGGGACAUGGAGCUCUGCAGCUGGGAGCACCAGAUGUUCUUCCAGAAGCGAGAUUCCUUUUCGCAAGGCGUCUUCUGUGCCUGCUUCUCAGAGGAUGAUCAAUACCUCUUCACCGGCUCACUGGAUCAGUGUGUGACGGUGUGGGACGUCUCAUGCGGGGCCCUGUUAGCCGUUCAAUUUGUGUAUGCGAGAAUUACCAGGAUGAUGUCAACAACAGACGGUUUUGUAGCAGCAACCAGACUUGGCUACCUCAUCCGGGAGAAGUUCCAUUGCCCUCCAUCUGUAAACCCUCACUACAACCCUCUCAGGUACAUCAAAGCAACUUGCAGAGUGAAGUCUCGGAAGAGAGACGGAGAGUAUCCCAGUGGGCAACCGAGCCAUCAGGGAAAUGCUCUCCAAGCCGGCCAGAGCCAUCAUGACCACAAGGUCUCGCAAAUUUGCAGGAUUGUGUAGAGGUGGACAGACUGAAGUGGAACCACAAAGGGUGGCAGGAACCACCAGACCUGUGCUAUUAUUGAGGCGACUUGACAAGAGAACACUUUCUGUUUUCCUCUCUGGACCUCAGUAUUACCAUGGAACCUUUCAGAAGUUUCUUCCAGGCAACCUGUUUGUUGAGCAUUCAUUCUGAUUUGUUGGCAGGGAGUCUAGAUGAUGUUGUGUCAAGCCAGCCUUACCCCACACUUUCCAGAACGUUUUCCCCAUCACUUUCCUUAGUGCAAAAUGUGCCACAAGGAAUAAGGUUAUAAGCAGGCUUUUGUUUUGUGGUGCAAGACCUCCCAAUCAGGUAUCGUUGAGCAACCGCAAUUUGCUGGUAUGUGAUUGAACCCCAGCUAAAAAGAGUGAUAGCCUAGACAGUCUGGGAUGCGCUCUCAAAAGUGGCUGACCCCCACUAGCUCACCAGCUAGUUAAAGCAGAUUGCUGGAUAAUUGUCUGGGAUCUUCUGCUGAAGAUUAGGAGAUCAUAUCCUGGUCACUGCAGGAGAUCAUAUCCUGGUCACUGUUUGCCAGCACUUACUCUCAGUAAGUCUUUUAUACUCCUUAGAAGCGUAUUUUCGCAUUGUGGUAUAUCAAUUCAAUAAUAAUAGUAGUAGUAGUAGUAAUAUAGUUUUUAUUAUAAAUCUGUACAACAAAAAUUACAAUUACACAUUGUAAGGGGUGCAUUAUAACACCUGAACACCUCCUUCAAGACAACAGGCCUCUCCAGAAGAAAUUAAAAUGGUCCAGGUGCGGGUUCUGUAUGCUUGCACCUGGAGGGAC